AUGGCUGAGAUUGUUCCUGCUCAACCUCGGCAGAAAGAGAGCGGUUCUUCCUCCAUACAAUGUCCUAUGUUGUCUUCCACAAAUUAUACAGUUUGGUCCAUCCGCACGCAACUUCUUCUCAAGGUUCACAAAGUGUGGGAAUCCGUUGAGCCCGGAGAGGAUGAUGAUGACAAAAACAACAUGGCGAGAGCACUCUUGUUUCAAUCUAUCCCUGAAGCUUCGAUCCUGCAGUUCGGACAUCUCACAACUGCUAAGGCUGUUUGGGAUGCGAUUAAGAUUCGUCAUGUUGGUGUUGAUAGGGUGCGAGAAGCUCGGUUAUCCACUUUGGUAUCUGAUUUCGAUAGGUUGAAGAUGAAAGAAACUGAUACCAUUGAUGAGUUUGUUGGUAAGAUCACUGAACUCUCUUCUAAAUCAGCAAGUUUGGGUGAGAAUAUUGAUGAACCAAAGCUUGUUAAAAAGCUUCUUCAUAGCCUACCCCGGAAAAAAUAUAUCCAUCUUGUGGCCUCACUUGAACAAGUUCUCGAUAUGAAGAAUACAAGCUUCGAAGACAUUGUUGGACGUCUAAAAGCCUAUGAAGAACGAACAUGUGAAGAAGAAGAAGAUCAACCAGCUGGACAGGAUAAGCUUAUGUAUGCUAACACGGAUGGCCAAUCUAGUCAAGGGAAUUAUCGAGACAGUAGAGGUCGAGGAUCCGGUGGAAGAUACGGAGGACGAGGACGUGGAAGAGGAAGAGGACGAUAUAAUUAUCAACAAAGAGACCCAGCCACAGUAACGUGUUUUCGGUGUGAUAAACUUGGGCACUAUGCGUCUACUUGUCCCGAUAGACUUCUUAAACUCCAAGAAGCCCAAGAAAGCAAGAAAGGUGAUGACGAGACACAAGAGGCUGAAGAGUUAAUGAUGCAUGAGGUCGUCUAUCUUAACGAGAAGAACGUAACUCCAACUGAUUUUGAAACGAAGUCAGACGAAAGCAAUGUGUGGUACUUGGAUAAUGGAGCUAGCAACCACAUGUCCGGGAACCUUUCAUAUUUUGCAAAGAUUGAUGAAACAGUCACCGGAAAAGUGAGAUUUGGAGAUGACUCUCGUAUUGAUACACGCUCCGAAGGGCUAACGGACGGACAGAAAGGGUUUAUCGAGUUGGCCUUCGCUCUCUCUCGAUGGAACCACGAACAAAGAAGAAUCGAUCGAUGGAUCGAUGGAUAG